AGCACAGCUGGCUUCCUCGUUUUUAAAAAACAACCAGCAAUGUUUGCCUAAAAAAAGUGUGGAAAAACAUAAUUUUAUGUGAGAAUAAUGGCCAAUAAUCGCACAAAAUAUGCCAGUUGGAUACACGAGUGCAUAAACUUAGUUAGAAUUCGAAGAUCGGCGUUCUCAGACCUAGAUCGCAUAUGUAGGAUAAUGCUCAAGUGUCAUGGGGUCAGUCACGCUGAUACUGUGAGUGAUUUAGAACUAAUGGUUCAAGAAGGGGUAGUAAGUCGUAGAGCUUUCAAAGGAGUGAUAUCUUAUCGUAAUGUGAGUGGACGAGGUAUUAGCCAUGUACCAGGACGAUCAUCUAGAGUGGCAAGAUGGAUUCAUGAAGCUUUAAAAGAGUUGGAUUCAGGACAGGGAGUAUGUAUGCUGGAUAUUGAGAAGUGGGUCAUGACAAGUCACCCGUAUUAUCACAAUUUAAAGGGGAAGAUUAAAGGGGCCCUUAAAGAAGACCUGGAAUUAGGCAAGAUUUGGCAGAUUACUGAAGGAAAAUAUCGGCUUUUGGAGACUGCUGAGAGUCCUGAGAGAAAAAUUCCUGAUAGAAGCUUGGUCUGUGACUUUUGUCUACAAACUGCUGAUAGCAACAGGAAGGGUGAACCUGAGGAUUUGUUGAUAUGCAGGGAUUGUGGAAACAGAGCACACCCAUCCUGCAUGGAUUAUUCCAUAGAGUUGACAGCUAGGAUAAGAGCUGAUGGUGGAUCUUGGCAAUGUAUUGAUUGUAAAGCAUGUGUCAUGUGUCAAGACUCAGGAGACCCUAGCAGUCUUCUAUUUUGUGAUGCAUGUGACAAAGGCUAUCAUAUGCAAUGUCAUACUCCAAAGUUACAAUCAAUGCCAACAGGAAAAUGGGCUUGUUUCAAUUGUGUAAGUACACUAUCCCCAGAGGAAGUAAUGGCAAGUAUUCAAGCACCAUCAACUUUCAUUCCUUCAAAAAUAACCUCUGCCUGUAAUGAUGAAGAGCCAAUGGAUAUGGUAGCUUUGAGCAGUGAUGAAAUUUUACCAGAGCCACCCACAGAGAUUGUUGGCACAGAACCAGAGCCUGUUGAAAUUCCACUUUCCACUUUUCCGCUCUCGUGUGAAAUUCUUGAUCCUAUGACGAUCAUCGAGGAUGUUCAACUUCAAAUACCUGCAAACACAUCCACAAAUAACUCACCUGUGAAAAGUGAUGUUGAGCAAUCAAAUAUUGUUUCUAGUACUGCUUCAGGAGAAGAUGCCAAGACCGAUGUUCCUACACCCGCACCAGAGCCAGUUUAUAACAGACCGAAGAGUGCAUUUAACUGGAACAAGACCGAUGUUUUUGAAUAUAUUAAAUCACUCGGUUUUCCUAAAGAAGCAGCUGUAUUUGAAGAACAGGAAAUUGAUGGUCCUUCUUUGAUGCUUAUGUCACGAACAGACCUUGUAACCUCCUUGCAAUUCAAACUAGGUCCAGCGCUGAAAAUAUAUGCUAACAUUGCCAAGUUACAGAUUCAAACCAUACCCUCUGGCUCCGCGUAAAACAGCUCCGGUAUAUAUUUUGAACUCUUCUAUAUCAUAGAAUACAGUUGCACACAAAUGGUGCAUACAUUUGUACAUCCCAUAGUAAUAGAUCGAACGACAUACUGUAUGUCAGAUAUUGAUAAAUUUUGACCAGGCCGUGUAAAUUACAUAUUUAAGUAUUCGACAUUUUUCUGAUCGGGAAAAUUCAUUAUACAGUUUUGCUGUCGGAAUACAUGCAUUUACGGGUAUUUUCGGGAAGGAUUUUAUUAGUACCAUAUAGAUGUAUCUAAAAUAAUGUUUAAUUACGCUCUGUUGCAGUUCACCAGCUCAUCUCUAGUGACUGCACAUGAGUCAAAAGGUGCGAUGUAUAGACUUUACCCAAAUCAUUUUAAGGUGUUUUAGCAGUUUGAAUGAAAGCUGCGUUAUAAAUGCUGGGUCAGAGUCGACUCGCGCUUUUCCCUCAUCCUAAACACUAACCUGUCCAAUUGUAGAUCAAUCUCCAAAUACCUUUAUAGAUGAUAUGUCUGAGCUUUAUUUGCCAUUCGGUACAGCUUGAAAAGCACAUUCCUUGUCAGACUGUUUCAUAGCCGUAUGUCGUAUAGGCCAUCUGAACUAUACUAUAUAGCUACUAUAUAGUCUAUAGGAGAAUGUUUGCUGUACGUAUUAAAUUGUUUUGUGGUACAGUAUAAUUGUAAUGCAUUACAAAUUUAUUGCAAGAUGUACAUGCAUGCGUGAUAAUGUAGACUUGUAGUAUAUACAGCCUUAUAGGUCGUCCAUUUUAGUCUGAUUUUGUUUACUGCAUGCAUAGUCGUAUAUCUUUAAUCUUUGGCAGUUUUGCAUGAUUGUAUAUAUAUAUGCAUGUGCAAAAAAACAUUUGUAUCUUUCUUAGAAGAAAUAUAAUCAUCUCUGAUCUCUCA